CCUCCAAAAAGUCCCUCCUCAAGUCACAAUAAACUAAAAAUAGGCUUACAGCCUAGAAAAACGUUAAUCAAAUUAAUUUCAAAACAGACUUAGUGUUUGGCAAGUGAAAGUCAAGUGUGGUGUGCUUUGUCUCGUUGAUUUAUUUUUCGAAUUUUUGUCUGAGUGUUAAAUUGAGAGUUUGGACAAUUACAUAAAAGUUAAGUACUCAUUAAAGCGAAAAUAGCAUUUGAAGACUGGAUGAGUCUUUGUCCCGAUUGAUUCCUCCAAAAAUACUCGCCGCCCAAUUAGUCUCGCGCCGUUAAUUAAGCCGGUUUAAGCCCUUGCCAAUUAUCCUAGUGCACGUUGGACAUCGGCAGAGAUGGACGCCUGGGGCACCCUCGACAUCACCUCCGCCAUCACGCGGGACGACCUCAACAGCUCGUUCCGACGCUCAAAAAAAAUUACCAUCGAGAAGCUCCCCGACAAAGUCCUGCUCCACAUUUUCAGCUACUUGAGCCACAAGGAGAUCUGCCGCAUGGCCAAAGUGUGCAAAAAGUGGCGAAUGAUCGCCUACGACACGCGUCUCUGGAAAAACGUGUCACUGAGACCAGAAAUCUCGGGCCUCCAUGUCGGCUCUCUGGAGUCGCUCUUAGCCUUGAUAAGUAUCCGCUUCGGCCCUUCUUUGCGCUACAUCGAGCUGCCAAUCGAGCUCAUAACGCACACGGUUUUGCACGAGCUGGCCAACAAGUGCCCCAAUUUGACUCACAUGCUGUUGGACUUCUCCACAGCGAUGCAACUUCACGAUUUCAGCGAGUUGCAAGCGUUUCCGACCAAGUUGAGGUAUCUGUGCAUUUGUCUGAGUGAGGUCAUCUUCAUGGAGGGCUUCAUGCGGAAGAUUUACAAUUUUAUUAAUGGGCUUGAGAUUCUUCACCUGAUCGGGACCUAUGAGAAGGUGGAGGAGGAGGAAGAGGAGAUUUAUGAAGUUAUCAAUGUGCAUAAGCUCAAGUCGGCGACUCCCAAUUUGAGAGUUAUUAACUUGUAUGGGAUUAAUUUUGUGGAUGAUAGUCAUAUUGAUGCUUUCAGCUCAAAUUGUAUUCAGCUUGAGUGCCUGGCUGUGAACUACUGUGCCAAAGUGACCGGUUCCACCCUCAAAACCCUGUUCCAAAGGAGUCGUCGCCUCAAAUGCCUCCUAAUGAACGGCACAAACUUGCAAAGCGAUUAUUUGAUGCAAGUCGAGUGGGAGAAAUGCUCGCUUCAAGAACUCGACAUCACCGCCACAGAUCUAUCAACUGAGGCCCUCCAGGACAUGCUGACUCGCCUCCCAGGCCUCAGAUUCCUGAGCGCGGGCCAAAUCAACGGUUUCAACGACUCGGUCCUAAAAGCCUGGAUGGAGGCCGGAAACCCGCGAAAUUUGGUCGCUUUGGACCUCGACAGCUCGGAUAAUUUGAGCGAGGACGCGAUCUAUAAGUUCCUGUCCAAGUAUGGGCCCCAGUUAUGGGGCCUGAGCCUGUCUGGAAUGACCCACAUAACCGACUCUUUAUGGCAGACGGUUUUGCCCAUUUUGACCAACGCAAAGAUUUUGAUCAUGGGGACGCAGGAGCGGCUCGGUGUCAAUAUCCUUGUGGAUCAGUUGAUGGACAGUAUCGCCCGGAAUUGCAUCAAUGUGGAGCGGUUGGAGUUGAGGUGGGAUCCCGAUAAUUUGAGGUUUUCGGAUAAGAGUCAGAAGGCGAUUGAUACGUUGAGGGUCAAGUGUUUGAAGUUGAAGUGUCUUAGUUUGAGUGAUGGGCGGUAUUACGAGAUUGUUAAAGCCAAUUUUGAGCGAGCUGAUCGGAUGACUGUGGUCAGGACUUUGACGAAUUGUCGGGUCUCGAACUAUUAUCUCCUCUCAAAUUACAAGGACUUGGUUUUCAACUAAGAAUAAGGCGUGUGUUUAUAAUUUUGUAAAUAACUGUAAUUAAACAAGGAAAGUUGGAUGGA